AUGGAAGAGGAGCUAGCCACCUAUAAAUUGCAAUUACAACAAGUCGAAGCGGCGUUGCUCGGUGAUCCCGAUAAUCAGGAGCUACACAAGUUGAAAACCGAUUUAACCGAGAUUAUUGAGUUGCAGGAAGAUCUCCAAGAGAAGGAUCGAGCCGAAUCGUCGGAGAAGGCACUCGUCACACCACAAGUCAUUCAUAAAUGGACGGUCGGCGAGCGUGUGAUCGCUCCUCAUCCGGAUGGAAAAAAGGUUUUCGCCAGAAUCGAUUCGUUGACACCCGCCGGUGUGGCCAUCACUUUUACUUCAUCGGGCACAAAAACGAUCGUGGACCCAUCGGAUCUGCAACUGCCACCCGAAAAUCAGCGAAAAAACUACGCAUUCGACAACACAAAAUCAGCGGCAGGACCAUCGAAUCAACACGGAAAGAAGGAGUGGCAAGCGGAGAAGGAGAGACGCAGACAGAAGAUGUUGAAGAAACAACAGAAACAGAAAGAGCUGGAUUCGAUCAAAGACGGAGAGAAGAAGAGUUGGCAAAAGUUCAAUACGAAGGCAAAUGCAAAGGGACUCAAGGGACUCAAGAAGGUUACGGUAUCCGGGUCGGCACAGGAUGGAAGUUCCACUGGAGACAAGAGGGCCACCCGAGGAGCCAUGGAUUCAUUAUUCUGA